GUUUAUUUUAGUAUUUUUUAUAUUUUCUUCAAAGAUGCCAUGAAGUAUAUCGAACAGAAAACCGAAGUCGUCACGCAGGGUGUCAAGAUGUCGACAGUAAAGAAUGUCAUCUUUAAGGAUCGUUUUCUGACAUUGGCGAACAUCAUCCACAAGACUAAUGUAAAGAUGGGAGGACAUAAUUAUACGAUUUCUGUUUCUCCGCAAUCUGAUACUUUAAUUGUUGGCAUUGGUUCAAACCAUCCAGCUGGGGGGUUAGCCACGCGACCUGGUGCGCAACCAACUGCAGAAGGUGACAAAAAUGGAAACGGUAAGAAUGGAAAUGGAGGUAAUGGAAAUGGUGAACAUGUACAACGCAUAACUGUGCCAUCUGUUGUUGGAGUAUGUUUUUAG